CCUCCUUUCCCGCCAUCUCCGUUUCUGCGAGCGCGGGUGGAGAGGAGACCUCCUCAAGGCUUCGAUAGCUUCGAUCGCAUAACAACCUUCUCUUGUUUUCCCGAGUUUUCUCCUCUGCGGAUUGUGCGACCGGCAACAAUCCGCAACGGAGUAGUAUUUCUUUCCGUCCCGACGGCGCGCGUUUUCCGAACUGGCUGAACGUGUUCGCUCUAUCUUUGGCCGGUGCGAACAACAUCGGCGCCGACAUCGAAAGGAGGCGUGAGCUGCCGGGAGCAUCCGAAGGUCCGUUGACGGUGCGACAUCGCCGAAACCUCAAUCGCCGGCGCGCGACAUCGGGAGCGCCAGCUUCUUCAUGAUAAACACGCGCAACGGACGACCGAACCACGACUUCGACGGGAGUGGCGACUGCGGCAUCGACAGCAACAACGCAACCAGCGGCAUGAUACUGUGCCUCUUCAACUGGCUCCUCUUUUGCGUCGAGCUGGGACGGUUGUUUGUCCGGCUCGCGCUGGCAUCGGCGGAAUCGCUCUACCGAGCCCUCGUGCCCAAGUCGAGGAAAGACGUCUCGAACAGUGUAGUCGUGGUGACGGGAGCCGCUCGAGGUCUGGGACGUGAGAUAGCAUGCAUGUUCGCCAACCUGGGAGCCAAGGUUGUGCUCCUCGACAUCGAUCAGGCACGCAACAAUGAACUGGCCAAGACAAUCCGGGCAUCAGGCGGGAAGGGAUUCUCGUUCACCUGUGACGUCACCGACGAGGACCAGGUGAAGAACAUUGCACAGAAGAUCGGCCGGCUCAUCGGAGAUGUGGACAUUCUGGUGAACAAUGCGGGCAUAGCCCAGGCGAUGCCCAUUCUCAACAUGAACCCAAACCAGGUUCGGCGCACCAUGGAGGUCAACACCCUGUCUCACUUCUGGAUGAUCCAGGAGUUCCUCCCCAAGAUGCUCGAGCGCAAGCAGGGCCACAUCGUAGCAGUCUCAUCUCUCGCCGGACUGGUGGGAGCGGCAAACUACACCGAAUAUUGCGCAUCAAAAUUUGCGGUGAUGGGCUUGAUGAUGUCACUGGAGCGGGAGCUGUCACAGACUGAGGCAGGACGAGCCAUUCGCCUGACGACCAUCUGCCCUGCUGUGCUGUCCCGUGGUUUCUCCAACAUGGGGCUGCCCUACCUGAGCGCAUGGUUCCCCCGGAUCUUUCCGCCAGUGGAUGCCAAAGUGGCAGCACGUGAUGUGGUCGGCCGUGUGCUCCGAGACCAGGAGCUGAUCAUUCUGCCAGCAAGUUUCAACCUCAUCAUCAACCUUUCCCUUAUUCUUCCCCACAGUGUGGGCAAAAUUGUGCAGGAGUACCUCGACUACAUGGUGAACCCUAUGACCGAGGGUGGCACAGUCCUCUGAGGAGCCUUCAGGACUCACACUAAGUCUUGACGCAACUUGGCUGUGCCAGCUGCGAGCUCAUUCCACGCAUCAGCGUUCUCAACGUCUUCCGUUCGAAGUGUCUUACUUUGAGUCACAGAAGGCGAGGGUUUCGUACAUUCGCUGGCUGUUGAUCACUUACAGUACCGGCAUUUGUGAUUUAUUGCCGAGAACAGGUUUGCUGAGGACAGAUGUGGCAAUUGCAGAUGGCGAACACUAAUGAACGCAGCUAUACCACUUGUUGCAGUUUUCAGUUUUCCGGCCUAUAGACGAAACUUCUCUGUUUCACCUACUGGCAAUCCCUCCGAAACCUUGUCAUUGCGGAGGGAUUGUCAGUAGUACUGCUCCAUUAAGAAAUGUGGUGCACUUGGUCUUGCUGGAAACUGAAGACAACAAUUAGACCCGCGUAAAAUGUGGGUUCAUUCGGAAAUGUUUCACGUUUGAAUGUCAGAUAUUUUUACGUUCUUUCCUCUUCAAACGGUUUUCCUGUUUGAAGCGUUCGUUUGUUGUUAGAGAUUUGAGCCCAGGUUCACUACGUGUUGUCAGGCAGCUGCAAGCAGAGGUGCAUUAUAAACGGCCUCCUGCUUUCUAGUAUGUGUGAUUUCUAGCACCUUGGGUGAACUCGUCGACAGCUGCCACGUCUCCUAAACCUUCCGACACCCUCAGUUAUGGUGUUGUAUUCUUAUUGUUCUUAGAGAAGUGGUGCAUUAGAGGGCGGUUGCGUCUGUGUUACUGGUCACCACAGUAUUACGCAGCUGGCUUCAGGCCUCUGUCAAUGCACUAGCAUUCAUAAGGCAGUUAUCGAAGCUUCAGAAAUGAGGGACCGAUGUGCAGCUCGGAAAAGCAUGCACUAUAUGCAGACAGGAGGUCUUCAACAGGUAGACAGGAGUUUAAGUGUAUUAUGUGGUUGCAUUGCUUUGUUACGAGCUGUUAAAUAAUCAUGUUGCUCAGUGUUGCUUGUUUUAUCAUCCUUGUUUUGUGUUGAGAUUUGUUCAUAUAUUAGUAUUAUUUACACAUCUUGUUUUACGUUGCGUAAAGAACUGCUUUUCCCUUCUUGUCAGACUCGCCUUCUCAAUCCAGCGCUUCUAGCCUGAGCUAAGUGUGGGGCACAGGUCAUCAAUUGUAGCGUUGUACAAGGUGGAUUCUUGGCCACUGUAUCAUCACCCUGUUUUUUUUUUUUUCCUAUUUGUUAGAGAUUGAUUAUAUGAUUAAUAGACCAAUUCAUCACUUUUCACACAAGAGUCAAAUGGGGAUCAGUAGAAGUAGGAUCUGCACAAAUUACCUCUCCUUUUUAAUCAAUAUUCACAAAAUAUUCUGGUGCACAAAAGGAAAGUUGAUGUCUUAGUGUGUUUGCGUGGGCAUUAAGGGAACACUUGCACUGGCUUGGAAAUGAUGUUUUUUUGCAACUGAGUGCCAACAUAACAUUGUUCCUGGUUCAAUCAGUGCAGGGCAAGUUUACGAGAAACAUGUUUUGUACAUUGUCAUAGCCUGCUGUGAUGUUAAUCAUUGUUAGUUUGAAAGACAAGGAGUGAAAUUGAUGUGGUAGCAUGUCUUUCCCAUUGCUUAUAUCCUUUUAUUUUUUUAGAUUUGUGCAGUUGCUAACAUCGGUGGUCUUUAUAAACAGGUCUUAAAUUUUACAACCAUACUCUAGUGCCAAACAAUUCCUUGCCUAAAAAAGGCAGGCUUGUUCAGCACCCUGGUGAAGGUUACAUUGUGUGGUCAAAAUAUUGAAAAACUCGCAUUACCUCUUUUGCUAUUUUGGACAUUUUUCGUCGUGUUUGCACCACUCGCCAUCAAAAUCCCCAAGCAGUACAGAAAGUUUUCAGCUUAGCACUUCUUCGGUAAUUUGGAUUCUAUGGUUGCUAUAAAUAGAUAUUGUAAUGUAAAAUAUGAAUGUCACCUCCCAGGCAUGUUUUAUGGAAGUUAGGAAUAAAUGUCAGCUCAUGUCAUUGUUACAAAUGCAGUGUGAUUGAUUAUGCCAUCAACAAACAAUAUUUUCUGCUCAUAUGCAAACUGUUUGGAAAGUUAUGUAGUCAUGCUUAGUGCCGCUAGGGUGCGUGAACUGGUACCGCAGCGUAUGUCGAUCAUGAAUUGCUAAUUUUCAAGCUUGCAGUGCUCAAGAUGGCAGCAGCACAUGCGCUGAAACAGAGGGUCUGGUUGUCCUGCUUGUUCAAUUGUGACCUGUUGUGCUGCGUAAUCUUGUUUCUUUGUGCCACUUUAGGCGUAUCAAAGGACCUGACAUGCGAUAAUUUGCCCCUGGCAACGAAGUCUUUGUAAUGCCAUUUACAGUUAUGCCAUUGUAUGUUGUAAUUUAGAAACUGACUGACUUCAUGUGCAGCUGCGUCAUCUGAUCGAAGGUGUUUCGACGUCUUUCUAAGUGAGUGCGCUGCGAACUCUUCAGAAUUUAAGGCACUGCUAUGCACCAGUGACAGAAUAACUGUACACAAAACAAGACUAUGAGGAGAGAGAUCAUGUAGGCCUCUUCAUUUUACAUGCUGUUUUCACCCAACGUUAACCACCAAGCAACAAGAAUGGUGUCAGUGACACCUUUAUUGCGGUACUCCCUUGUUAUUUUCUUGGGUUCAUGUAUAAAUACAACCACUGUAUAGUAUUUUACUGUGGCUGUUGUUUUAGACAUGGUACAUGUGUCAACAUUGUGGCAAAAUGUCUUUAGUUUUAUUUUCAGUGUCUUUGCUCUCUCCAUGUGCAUGCCUAGUACAUGAGCCGUGAAACGUUGUUCACGUUGCCCAGGCUUGCGUGCUGAACUGUGUUUUUCCGCUUCAGUUCAGUAGUUAGACCUUUGCGCUUUUGGAAACAGCUUAUAGUAUAAAUGCGGCAUAAAUAUUGAAGCCAGUAUUAAGUGGAUGUUUCAGCUGAACCAGCUCGUGGAACAUCCAGCAACCACACAUAGUCUCUCCAGCAAUACAGGACUGAAAAUGUGGUGCUAGUAAAAGAAACAGUGGUGCCAUCUGUCACUGUUUCAAUGAAACGUAAUGCUGCCGUUAACUUGACAGGUGGAACCACCGUUUUAUUGGUAGGAAAACCUACGGUUUUCAGUUGAGAUUGGCCCCAAACAUGUUGUUAGGGUUCAUUGGAAAUAUUUUCAACUGUUCCAUCCAAACGCAGUGUCAAACAGCACGCAUUGAGAGAUGUCACCUCGAGUUAUCAAGGCUAUUCGGUGAUAUUCGUUGUGGAUAAGCCAGCAGUUGAGUCCAGAGAUCUUUCAAACCUAGCUCUCUCAGUAGGGCCACAUUGGUGGCUAUCAGCAAGUUUGCAAGGCAAGAUUGUCUUGUUAGUGCGCGUUGCAGCUAGCUCGUUCUAGUAGCAGGAAUUAGAGCUCACUGGAAGCAACACACUGACUACCGUAUUUAUUCGAAAAUAGGUCGGGCACGAAUAUAGGUCGACCCCUACUUAUAGCACUCUACGAGAAAUAAAAAAAAAAUAUUCGAAAAUAGGUCGACCCAUGUUUUUUUUUUUUAGAAACAGGAAAAUUGAAACAUAGCACACCUUUAUUUACAAUUAACUUAGCGCCCUAGUCGCUGCCGGGAGUGUCAUGUUCGUCAGAUGUGCAAGGAAGGUUGUCGGAUUCUUCGCAGGCAUCCUCGGCAUCCCAAAUGACGUCGACUUCGCUGCCAUCGAUUGCGUUGGAAAUGCAGCACUUUUUAAAGCCAGUCACGAUAAUUUCCGCUGGCAAGUCUUUCCGCGCGUCCUUCACCCACGUCGCAACUUCAUUGAGGGAAGCCCUUCUCGCGGCGUCCCGUCGGUGUCAUUGCAGCAUCCUCCUUCAAGCCACUCUUUGUAACUCUUCGCCACCCGGUCCUUAAUGUAGCCGGGACGUCAUACCUAGCGGUAUGACGACCAGGUCUGUUGGCCUUCUGCAGGGCCUCCUUGACGCCCGGAGCCUCAGUUCUUUUUCAAGAGCGUCAUGCCUGCCAGUUGCUGGGCCGCGAAAAGCACGACGCCAUCCAUUGCACGCGAACAGUCGGUCCCGCUGCUUCCGCCAACCCCUAAUCAACUUUUACGUCGAACUCACGCUGAGCGGCACAAUUGCUGGAAUUCUCGGCAAAAAGUAUCACUUGACGCUUGAAGUCAGCUGUGUAGCGCUACCGACGUGACACCGUCGCAACCGCGCAUUUGCAAAUGCGAACCGUCACGUCAGAUCAAACAACAAACAAAGAGUGAGGUUAGGCCAGUGCCAGUGCGGCUGCGCGUCGGCAGGCAGCACGGCUAGGGGGCUAGGGACUUCACGGCCUACCUAGGGAAAUCACGGGUUCCAGCGCAAACAUGGCGGAGCGGCCUGCAUUUCGCGGGGGCUUUGAAAAGGCGGUGUGCAGCUAUUGCACAAAUAACUUUUUUUUUUCUUCGUUACUUAGUCGGAAAAGGCGAACGGGUACGGUUUUUAUACCAGAUUUUAUGGUAUAUAAUGUGCGUAUGUAGCAGGAACUGCUUGAAGAACAGCAGGCGCGGCAGUUGCACGGCAUAGGUGCGGUGCUUUUGGUCGCUUUGAUCGCGAAUAUAGGUCGAGAUUCUUUGGUCACGAAUAUAGGUCGAUAGCUGAUUAUGGGCAACAUUUUUGGGAAAAAAAGGUCGACCUAUAUUCGAAUAAAUACGGUAAUAUGCUCACUUUCAUAGGUUCCUUCUCAAAGUCAUUGACCAGCAGUAUUCAGGCGUAUGAACUUAAUCUUUUACAUCACGCUGUACAAUGCAAGCUUCAAAAAGUUGUUUCAAAUCCAUUGAUGAGAAUUAGUAACAUUCCAUAAAUGGAUGGGUACACUCGGGGAUCAAAGUUUGUACAUCGUAUUGUUUCUUGUCUGGCUUGCGUAGCCCUGUCUGCUGUGGUACCCAAGUCACUAUAGCCUCACCUGCUCAGAAGUUAGCAGCUUUUGUGAGGUGCCCAUGUUUCUGCUUAUAAAGAAACUUUCGUCGCAAUGCAGGGCGUUAGAGCUAUGUAGCUCACUCUUGAAACAAGUGCUAGGGCACAAGGUCGGUCGCUGUGCAAAGCUACCGCAAGAACAGGGCAUUAAGUGCUUGUCAGAAGUGCAUAGUAGGAAAUAUUAUACACUGUUUUAUUAUAAAACUCUCUGUUAUAUUUUUAUAGAAUUCAAUUUGUAAACUCCAAUAAUAAUGCCAGAGUAUAUAGUAGGUGUUCCGUGUUUCUACUUUUCUUUCCUUUAUUUCUUACCCCGAGAUUUUAUAUUUUUGUUAUGUCAGCAUUAUUCAGUAUUUGCUUUGUAGCUUCAGUGCAAAAGAGUCAUUUUUCUUGUCUGUUCUUCAAGUUUCGCUCAAAUCUAAAAAGUUGUUUGUUAGCAUAGCUGUUAUACUUGUUUUUGUUUUUUCCAUAGGCCUAAUUCAAUGCUUUCAUCUCUCUCCAGUACAUUUUGAAGUGUAGGCAUUUUGUUUAAGCCCUCGACUGUCAUCAAAGGCCCAUAGUGAAUUACCAUCAAGAAUGACCCUUUUAUAGUAUACUAAUCAAAUGGAAUCAUUAGUACUGUAUUUACUUUAAUAGCUUAAGCCCUUAGCACAGGCAAUUUAAAUAGAACACUCUUAUAUUCACUGCAACCGUUACGUUCUUAUGUAAUGAUCGACACAUUUAAUUAUAGCUGUUGCCUGAUGAUGACCAGGUUGUCAGCAUUGGUUUGUGUAGCCAGUGCUUGCUGUUAGUAGACCUGCUAUGUCUACAUGUUCACGAUGCUAAAUGAUUUUGUCGUGUUUGUUUGUUUAUAUAAUGCAAAGUCAACAAAAUGUGUUCAGUCAGGUUUCCUUUCCACCCAGACGUUCUCCCCCCUUUUUCUUUAAAUGUGAUAUUGCCAGUGAUUUGUGUCACAAGACCAAGAAAAUGUAGCCUCGGCAAUUCUUCUUUCACGGUAAAGGGCAAUUUUACUCGUAAAUUUGUGGUAUUGUAGUUCUGAGGAGCUGUUACUCUAAAUAAUAAUCUGAAGAGCACGCAAAGAGUGGUGCUUCUAGAUUCAGUUACCGCUGUACUUCAACUGCUAAGGCAAACAUGGAUGUUAUGUAGUAUGUGUGAUAUGAACGUGUGGUGUUAACGCACAAGCGUUGACUGCAGAGCCAGUAUGUGCUGUUAUGCAGCAUCGCAGUGAAAAUUUGUGAGGAUGCACUUGGGAGCACACUGAACAGGUCAUAGCAAUUGUUUGAUACUUGGCUGUUCCAAGAAAUGGACCCAACCCCGGUUUCUUUGAGAAUGAUAUCGCUUUGUUCUUUCUUUUCUUAUGAAUGCUGCAACCAAGUUGCCAUUUCACACUUGACACUUUCACUGUCCUGUUCAUUGUGAGAUGGCACUUAUCGACUCGGCAGUCAAUGCUUGUUCAUUGAUGUUAAAAAAUUGAAGGCUGUACAUCUUUACUGUUGUUUUAGAAGCACUUGAGGUGGCAUAAAAUUUUGAUUUGCUUGGAGGGUUGGAAGUUAACUUUCAGUUUAGCUAGAACUUAUCGCAACUUUGUUCAUGCAGAGACUACAGAGCAGUUAUCUUUUGUGCCAUGAGCCGUAAUGAAUUCCACUCGCUGCGGUACAUGUACUGUGGCCAAGUUCUUUUUCCUCGUUUAAUUUUGUCAUGGCUGCUGUGAAGAAAAGUUUUAAAUAAUUUCUGGACAGUUAGUUUUGUGAGAUAACACAGUGCUUUAUUAAAAGCUGGCCAGAAAGAUUUUUAAUAAACUAUUUUUGACAGAAUGCAGUCAACUAUGAGAAUCUCAUAAAAAAUUGGUUGUCAUUAAAUUAAGGUUUGCUGUAUAACAUCGAUACACAUCUUCGUGCAUCUGCUGUGGCUAAAAGUCGUCAUUUAAACUAACCAAGGCUUUUUUCCCCCUCAACUGUGCCACUGAUACUUGGGAGUGCCAGCAAAACUUGGAAAAAGCGUAGCUUGAUUAAAAACAAAACUGUAAUUUUAAGUUUUAGGAAACAAGCUUCCCUCCCUCUCAGCUUUCUUUCUUGAAAUCUUGUGCCAAGCAUGCCCGCCUCUGUUGGGGCACUUUUCUUUUUUCGCAUGAUUUUGUCCGAGGGAUGAAAAUAUUGUUCAUUCCUUCUUUCUUUUUUCGAUGUGUUGCAUAUUGUGGUUUGCAAAAGAAAGAAAAGGCAAAUAAUUUGCUCCUCGAGAAGGGCAACCGUCCCAUUUCAAAACAUUGUAUGCAGUCAGAUACAACUUUAGAAGGCAGCAGCGUUUCCACUCCGAAGGCUGGAAGCACGCAAGCCUGCGCUGAUUAGUGUGCACUCUAGAAUGACAUCAUAAUCCGACCUGCACCAUGGGUCUAGUGGUUAUGGUGCUCGACUGCUGACGCAAAGGUCGCGUGAUUAAAUCUCAGCCGCAGCAGCCGCAUUUUCGAUGGAGCUAGAAAUGCUUGAGGCCCGUGUACUUAGGUUUAGGUGCACGUUAGAGAACCCCAGGUGGUCGAAAUUUCCAGAGCCCUCCCGUAUGGCGCUCUCGUAAUCAUAUCGGGGUUUUGGGGCAUUAAACCCCAACAGUUAUUAUUAAUCUGAAUGGUCAGUGGCCCCACUGUCCAAGAACAUCGCCAUGUACGUGAGCGGGACUAUUUCUGUAGUCAUGGAGGCAUUCGGCUGCCACGCUUCAGUCAUCUGGGCACAGGGCCUCUCGUGCCUUCUCAAGUAUUAUCUGGUUAUGGUAAUUGCCUUUGUGAAUUGAUGUGGUAAAUUAUGUCAUCACUGCAAUAGAGAUUUUGUCAUCAAAUUCCGACCUUUUUUCUAACCUGUCGCAUCUUUCAUUGCAACCUUGAAGCAUCACUCUUCAUUUGAUCUCAUUGUGUUGUGUGUUAUUGGACCACUCCACGCCUUGUGCUUAAGACUGCCUUUGGAAGCAGAAACCGGCUCCACGGACAACAUACUUUGCACUGUUCUCGCCUGUCUUCCAAACUGUGGAGACGUUUUGUGGUUCUAAGUACUUAUUUUUACCUUUCUUGCUCAUACUGAAUGUAUGGAGAUGUUAAAUAAAGUUGUUCUUAGUCAAA